AUGUCUGUUAAAAAAAAUUGUAAAUGCAGAUUUAACAAUGAAAUUGAAAUUAAUGAAGCAGUCCCAUACGUAGUUUGUGCAGUAAUAAAAGAGCCAUGUUCAAUACUAUCUCUAGAUAUUUCUUUUAAAGAGAAGAAAAAAAAUUCAAAGAUCACAUUAGGUCUAUACAAUAUAUUGCUUUUAUUGUUAAUAUUGUUGGUUUUUUUGUUAAUUUUAUUUUCCGGAGGAAUAACUAUAGGACAGAUGGCACCCCCUCCAAUUUUUAUAGGGAAUAUCUACGGAUUACCUAUUAAAACAGAUUCGUUUAUUGUUUCAGCAAAUGGGACAUUUACCGCAACUCUAAAAAUGCCAGUAUAUAACAAGAGUUUGUUGAGUGGUAGGCUUUCGAUAAGGAAUAUAGAUUUUGCCCCAGUUUCUACAAACUUUAUUUGCACUCCAAACAAAAAUAACAAUAUUUUUUCUCACUCUAUAUUAGAUGAAAAUUUGUCAAAUGGUUUUAUUUUUCCGUUAAAUAAGAAGUUAACUACAAAUAACAAUAAAAUACUAAUCGCAAAGAAGGUUACAUUAGUUACAGAAGACGAAAAUCUCCGUCAAUUAGAAUAUGCAUUAGGGCGUUAUGGAGAAGCUGAAGUAAAAUUAGGUGCUUGGCUUCCUCCUGGAAGAAACGAAUUCAUAAUGCUAAUUAAAGGUAAUGUGGACUUAGAAAGUGCAAAAAAAGUUUUGGGUGAAACUAUAGGUUCAGAUUGUAAAAAUGGGAUAGCAAAGAGUUUCGUAGUAGAUAUUAAAUUAGAUUUUAAUAUGAGGUAUUUCCUUGGUUCAAUAUCAUCUGUACAACAAGAUAUAGGGUUUGUAUUAUUUCCUGGUUGUAACAAAUAG